AUGGUGAAAACACCGGAAUUGAGUGCCCUCGAGGAGCUCCUGGGGCGUGAGCUGUUGGCGAAUAUCACGCCUGAGGAUAUGCAAAAGAUAUCCACGAGCCUAACAGUAGCAUAUGCUACUGGUUUGAAGGAGAGUGUCGCGUCUAUGCUCCCUUCCCACAUCUACUUUUUGCCCAGUGGUCAAGAGACUGGGUACUACCUAGCGGUUGACUUGGGAGGUUCUACCUUGCGGGUUGCUAUUGUCCAUCUCGAAGGAUACAAGGAUCCAAGCCUUAGAGGAAGCCCGAUUGACCCGUUGAAUCCAAGGCCGAUGAACAUUGUCCAAAUCAAGUCGUGGGGAGGAUCUCAUAUCGAUCAUCUAAAAACUCUUACUGGUAAUGAUUUUUUUGAUUGGAUUGCGGAUAGGAUAGGAGACGUGGUGGAGGAGAAAUUUGGGAAUCGAAUGACGAACGAGUUGCCUUUGGGGCUCUCCUGGUCCUUCCCCAUCGAGAGCACAUCAAUUGAUCGUGGAAAAAUUCAACCUAUGGGAAAAGGGUUCCGUGUAGCUAAUAAAGAAUUGCUUGGGACUGACUUGAAGGAACAUUUCCAAGGAGCAUUUGAAAGAAAGGGUCUUCAUAUUUCAAUGGAGGCUAUUGUGAACGAUUCACUUGCAACUCUUCUCUCCCACGCCUAUGUUUCACCUGCUACUCGCUGUGGGCUCAUUCUGGGUACGGGCACCAAUGCAGCUCUGUCGUUGCCCCUAAAGAUGCUCCCAGAGUCGAAACUUAUUCCUUCACACGAAAACCGCCCCAGUAGUGCACAAGAGGUUCUAGUCAACACUGAACUAUCUAUGUAUGGGCGUGAUAUUCUUCCUAUAACGAAGUGGGACGACGCACUUGAUAAAGCGAUGCCUUUACCUGGGUUUCAACCUUUGGAAUAUCUUAUUGGAGGAGCUUAUCUGGGAGAAAUUGCCCGGUUGAUAAUUUUAGAUGUUCGAAAUGAAAAUCUACUGAACCGAAUCCCCGAGUGCUGGGAAAAGAAACCAUAUUCUCUAGGAACUGAAAUCCUCGCGCUUUUAGAAGAUCGAGUUCACGAUCAACUUCCAACAAAUUACCACGAGCUCAACAAUGAGUAUCCUGAUGUGGCCAUACCCGAACACGAUGCUUUGGCUCUGAAGACGAUUGCUCUCCACAUAUCAGCUCGUGCUGCCAAUUUUUGCGCGAUCUCCCUUCACGCCAUAAUUAAACUCCGAGAGAGAGCUGCGAAGAGUCCAAGCUCACACCCUACCAAGAAUAUUGUCCCCAUCGCUUUUGUUGGCACAGUCUUGGAAAAAUAUCCUAGUUUACUGAGGAGGACCCAAGACGCGCUCGACAAACUGACAGACUGGCAACCGACGAGCCCGCUACAGAGUCAAAGAAUCGUAUUAGAGUUUUCCGCUGAAAGCGCCAUCUACGGUGCCGCUGUCGCUGUCGCUGCGGUCCUCGAGAAAAAAGUCAACCCCCCAGUUUCGCCUCUUUCACUAGCACCUCCAAAUCCGUUUAAUGCUCCCCGACCUCUAAGUUUCCCUUCAAAUGAACGUUCCAGCAAUGCUAGUACCUUGGUGGGACAAGGUUCAAGUAUGGAGGAAGAAACCAAACCAAAUGGUAAAAAGGUAUCGGGAGGCGAAGUGAAUGGGCUAGGAGUUCCUCCUUUCAAUAGCGCCCGGAGUACAGACGGGCCUGAUGACCAGGCAACGCCCACUGGGGGCGCAAAGAAACCUUUAUGGAGCCGAAUCAAGGCAUUUUUUCAAGGCGUCUUCGGAAAGAUGCUCAAGAAGCGUUCAAAACAAGCUUGA